AUGUCCGGAGUAGACCCCUCCGUUAACUGGAAAUCCCACGCAAGCCUGGGAAUGCUCCGGGCCGCCCCACAUGCCGGCGCGGCGGAGCUACUGUCGGCCCGAACUGUCAGGCAAUGGACAACGAAGUAUCAUCCUAGCAACACGAGUGAAUACAAAUACAAAGGAAAGGUAAAGGACAUGGAAGGAAUCAUUCACUUUUGGGAAAGCCCCUUCAUGGUACUCUCAUGUGUCUCGCGAGCUACAUGUGAGCAACAAGUUGAAAAGAAUGGAGACAUUGCGAAGCUUUUAUUCAGCUAUGAUAGAAUAAAUCAAGUGCUUAUUUUACAAAUGCCUUCCAGAUCGCAUGAAGCAGCUAUUUCAGCCUUUGGUGACCUCGAUACACAAAAAUUGGCAAGAAUGAACACCGGCUCUUCCCAUCUGAGAAAUCUUCAUUCUAGUGAUGUUGAAAUAUCUCAGCGGAAAAAGGCCCCAGACAGGUCCUGGCUGCCGAUCAGAUUACCUGAAGGAAUGGGGUACCCAGAGUCUCAAGCUCAGCUUGAAUGUGAUGCAAGCUGGUGGCUGGAAGCAUCUAGGGGACACGUUGGGGCGGUCAUUACAAUAGGUAUCGAGAGGACCAAAGACAAACUUCCCUUGGAAGAUGGGAAAUGGGAGAAUCGUCAGAGACCAACAGGACAAAUCUUAUACAAGGGAAGCGUUCCCCAACUGAUCGAAAGUGCCUGCGUUCAAUCAACCUCGCAGGCUGAUGGUGCCAUCACUAUUCCAUUUGAAAAGAUCUUCCUGCGGAGUCCCACGUCUCAAGAGUCGGAUUUGGUUUUAACUCAAGAGGACCUACGGCAGCUAGCGACAUUUGUGUGGACUGUCCCAGAAUAUACAGAAACAGGAUAG